CAUGACGUAGUUGCAGAAUCAAAACAGUUCAGAUUUGACAGCUCGGCAUCGUUUUCAUAAAAUGCGAUGGGAAAUGUUUUUGCAACCCUCAGAAAUAAACUGUUCCAUGUAACCGACACCUCCGGAGGCCGCGGCGACGUUUCACCGAGCCGUCGAGGAAUGCUAACCCGCGGAAAGGGCUCAUUUGGUUAGGUUAUCCCGUAGCUGCAGCCGCUCUUCUCCCGGCUAACUGCUUAGCUUCCCCCGGCUAAUGGAAGCUGCUCCAUGGCGAUCUAUGGGCCGAACAUGACCAUAUAUAGACCGGCCACAGAGCUCCCUCGCCGGUGAAAUGUAAACGGUGACUCGCUGCGGAGAGGCUGACAAAGGGCAACGAGAAAAACCGAAACAGCUCGAAACAGAGAGAGUGCGCCGCCGCCGCCAUGUCAUCUGACCAGAUCAUCGCCAUCGUCAUGGAUGACAAAAUCUACGAGGUGAAUAAGAAGAAGCUGAUCGAGAAGAGCGACUACUUCCGCGCACUGUACAGCUCCGGCAUGAGGGAGUCCACGGAGGACUCGGUGCAGCUGCAGGGGCUCAGCGUCCCCGGCCUGGAGCUGGUGCUGGAGUUCAUCAACACCUCCAAGGUCCAGGUCGUCAACGAGACCCUGGAGGACCUGAUCGAGACCGCCUCCUUCCUGCAGGUCACCUCCAUCCUCAAGCUCCUGACCUCGGAGAUCCGCCUGGACAACUGCGUGGAGCUGUUCAGCCUCUCUGAGGUCUAUGGGACUCACGACCUGCGCCACGCUUGCCUCAAAUACAUGAGCUGCUACUAUCACCCCAUGCUGAAGCGGCCGGAGUUCGGCAGCCUCCCCUCUGCUGUCAGAGACCAGGUCAGGGAGAUGCGCAUGAAAGGCACCGCCACCCUCAUCGCCAUAGGAGACUUCACCUGUCUGUCCCUGGACGUGCCUGAUCAGGACGAACCCUGGUCCAUGCUGAGGUACGGGGAAGUGGAGCAGCGUUGGAAACCACUUGCGAACAACCUCCCUCCAGACAUGAUCAACGUCAGAGGGUACGGCUCGGCUGUGCUGGACAACUACCUGUUCAUAGUCGGUGGUUACAGGAUGACGAGUCAGGAGAUCUCUGCCGUGCACUGCUACAACCCCAGCAGGAACGAGUGGAACCAGGUGGCUCCGCUCAACCAGAAAAGGUCCAAUUUCAAGCUGCUGGCGGUACAAGGGAAGCUGUACGCUGUGGGAGGCCAGUGUCUGGGCACGGUGGAGUGUUACAGCCCGGAGCAGGACUGGUGGACCUGCGUUUCCUCAAUGCCCGACCCGCUGGCUGAGUUCUCCGCCUGUGAAUGCCAAGGAAUGAUUUACAUCAUGGGCGGAUACACUGCAAGAGAUAGAAACACAAAUGUCCUCCGUUACUGCCCCACCUCUGACACCUGGACGGUGUUUCGGUCCUGUUCGGCUCACAUCCGCAAGCAGCAGAUGCUCUCAGUCGAAGACACCAUCUACCUGGUGGGCGGCUACACCCACGAGCUGGAGGCGGGUCGGCGGCAACGACGUCCCAGUCAGACGGAGGACGUGCUGACGGUGCAGUCCUACAACAUCACCACGGGGGAGUGGUUCCAGCUGAAGGAGAACACGUCGAAGUCGGGCCUGAACCUGACGUGCACGCUGCACAAUGACGGCAUCUACAUCAUGAGCCGGGAUGUCAGCCUGCCCACCAGCCUGGAGCACCGCGUCUUUCUGAAAUACAACAUCUUCUCCGACGCCUGGGAGGCCUUCAGACGCUUCCCGGCUCUGGGACAGAACAUGCUGCUGUGCUCGCUUUACCUCCCCAACACGCUAUGAUCGACAGGGAUGAUGGGAAAGACUUUAGAGAACAGAGACAGUGCAACAUUUAUAUCAGCCAGUGUGCUUGCUUGUUCCAGCACAAAAUGUGGCCCUGUGGCAUUAUGGGAACAGUGUCUGGUUAUCAGGUUGAAAACCUUGUGACCACUGUGCCUCGGAAAAAGAAAAAYAAAAAAAAAAAGCACUACUACAUUGUACAUAACUGCUGUGGAUGCAAAUACAGAAGCUACAAGUAGGAAAGUGAUGAAGCCCUGUGGCCCGUAGGUCAACAGCAUCGGAACAGCUAGUCUCUGUUUGUGCCUCUCGUGUGUGAACGUGAAGGUUGCAUUCAAAUCACAGUGAUGUUCAUCUGUUUCUCUGAAAACAAAUGCACAGAAGUUAUUUCCAGAAUCCUCCGAGAAUCUCUCGACCAUUAGGAUGAAAAAAAGAUUCUGUGACGGGUGACGAGGAUUUUUAACCUGUAACCUGCCAUCUUGUUUUUUUUUUUUUUGGAUUAGGAAACAGCUUUAGAAUUUGGUAUAAGUCUGCAUAUACUAGUUCAACACGCUUAGUGGUGUUUAACAACCUUCUGUGUUUUUCAGAGAAACCCAUGGUUAUGACUGGAAUGUAACACUGAUACAUGACAGCCACAAACUGCGGCUUAUUAUAACAGCAUGCUUUAAAAUCUAUGGGCCGCAGAAUUCCAGAUGUUUACACUCCACAUACGGCAUUGAUGUACGUUUUCAUCCAUAAUUCACUACAGACCUUAAAAUAUCUCAGAAAGAAAACACAUUUAUUCUCUUGAUGUACAUAGCUGAUAAAUAAUGGCUUUGGUUUUACACUGCCAGUUUUAUGGGGAUUGGAGGUUUCUUGAGAGUUGCUGUGUGGCGUGUGAAGGAGGGAGCGUCAUUUGUUGUACUCGCACACUUGUCUUAUUUUUCUUGAGAUACACUAAACAAAGCUUAAAGGGCAAUUCCAUGAAAUCAACGAUGCACAUGUGCCUUCUGCAACCUCAGUUAAUCGAAACUUGAUACGAAAAAAAAAAAAA